UUCACAUUACUUAAAAUCGAGCUGUGAGUUGUUAUGUGGACUCUAUUGAUUCUCUCUUCUAUCAAUAAAAAUAUUUUCAACCCUCUACCUUACUAGAGUUAAGAUACAAUAAAUUCAAAGACAAAAUACAAAGAUGAUCACUGCCAACAACAGCAUCAACAGUAACAUUAAUGGGAGUUAUGAUAUACCAGGCAGCAACAGCAGCAGCAGCAGUAGUUUAGGGAAUGAGAUUGAAGAAAUAGAAGAUGAUAAUAUGAAUAGUGGUUAUGUUGUGGCAACUGAGUUGUUGGAGAUCAAUGAACACAGAGGAGGGUUAGCUUCCAUUAAAGAAGGUGAAGUAGAAGGUAGCUUAUAUUCCUUUGAUUUCCACAACAAUGGUGAUCAUACUGUUGUUUAUGUUGCUGUUGGUGAUAACAACAAGAUUAGCAAAGAGUCAAGUAUGGAUGCUCUUCUUUGGACUCUUAAACAUGUUGUGGCUGAUCCCUCUUCUACCAUUCUUUUCCUCAUUCAUAUCUAUCCUCAGACCAAAUACAUCCCUUCUCCUUUGGGAAUGAUUCCAAUAAGCCAAGUGAGUGCUGAGCAGAAGGAGAACCACAUGGCUCAAGAAAGAGGCAAGAGGAGGCAGUUCCUUCAAAGGUUUUUUGAUGCAUGUGCUGCUGCAAAGGUUAAAGUUGACACCAUACUUAUAGAGAGCGACACAGAAGCAAAAGCAAUACUGGACCUUAUUCCUAUCUGCAACAUAAGAAGGCUGAUCUUGGGCACCUCUAAAGCCAAUCUCAAGAAACUAAAGUCGAAAAAAGGUGGCGGAACAGCGGAUGAGAUAUUACUAAAUGCACCUGAAUUCUGUGAGGUCAAGAUAAUAUGUGAAGGCAAGGAAAUGGUUGAGCUGCAGAUGUUUGAAACAACUUCUCCCCAAGCCAGUGCUGGUGACAGUCCAAAGCCAAUUCAAAGUCAUAUCCAAGAUCAAAAUCAGCCCCAGAAUGAAUCUUUCAGAUGUGGAUGCUUUAAACCCAGAGUCAUGCAGUAAAUCUUCAACAAUCUGCAUUAGAUCAAUACCAAAAAUUCAAGACUGGAUGUCAAUUUCAAGUAUUACCACCAAAACCUGCCCCAAGGUUUAUCAUAUCAUAAAAUAUGCAUGAACGUCUGUAACUAUUCUAUAUCGAUAAACAAUUAACAUACACACCAUCUCUGAUAUCUUAAAAAAGACGUAAAGUUCUCUUUUUUCCUUCAAUCAACUACAUAUCCUUAGAUCCUA